AUGUUUUACAAAAUAUUUUUAUUGUUAAUUUUAAGUGUAAUUAAUACAACUUCAGCUCAACUACGAUGCUACGCGUGCAGUUUUUCAUCAGUGGACUCAGAUCAGUCCUGUCUAACCAUAACAAACUCAACAGCAACCGUUGAUUGUCCUUUUACCUAUUGCACAAUUAUGCGACAGGAAUUCAUUGACCCCUCCGGAGUAGUGGCAAGUUUUACACGCGGCUGCGAAGAGUCACCAGAUUUUCUAAACCAUGAAAUAACAGAUCCGACGUUUAGGACAUACUAUCGAGCAUGCACAAAUGAUUUAUGCAAUAUUGGUAAUGGAAUACAGUCGGUUGUCGGGGGAAACUUAUCGCCAACUCCAGAAUAUAACGGUAAAAAUUUACUCGUUCCAGGUACCGGCAAUGGAAGUAAUUUACAGAAUAAUUUACUUAUGUUAAUUGUAACAUUGCCUUUAUUUUUUCUUAAUAUAUAA